ACACGCUUAUAGUUUGAGAGAGUUAAUGUAAAGGCUGAGUCAGUAGUUGACGAAGAAGACUUGGGCGAUGUUGAGAUAGAAGGAAAUGAACGAUAAUAAGCAACCUCGUGUUGAAGUUUGAGUCUUCUUCCUUCAUAGUUGAUUUCUCCAACCAAAAGAAAGAGGAUGAAGGAGGAAGAGUUGCCUGAAGGAUGCAUCGCAGAGAUAUUAUCCUACGCUGCCACUCCUGCAGAUGUUCUUAACCUCUCCCUCGUUUCCAAGGCCUUUGCUUCUGCUGCUGAAUACGACACUGUGUGGGAUCGUUUUAUCCCUUCCGAUCUCUCCUCUUUCCUUCCCUCUUCCUCCAUCCCUUCCUCUACCUCUAAGAAGGCUCUCUAUCACGCUCUUUCCGACAACCCCACAAUCAUCGAUCAGGGUAAAAAGAGUUUUCAAUUGGAGAAGAGGAGUGGGAAGAAGUGUUUCAUGCUUUCCGCCAGAGAUCUCCACAUUAUAUGGGGUGGCACUUCUCAAUAUUGGAAGUGGACAAACUUGCCACAGUCCAGGUUUGAAGAAGUUGCGAGGCUUUAUGCUGUGUGCUGGUUAGAGAUCGAUGGGAAGAUAAACAUCCGUGUCUUGUCCCCAAACACUCUCUACGCAGCUUUUCUAGUGUUCAAGAUGAUCGAUGCCAGCGGAUUCCACCACCAUCCUGUGGAGUUAUCAGUAGGGGUUCUUGGAGGCAGUAGCAGUUCCAGAAAUGUUUGUUUGGAUCCCAGCUUAGAAGUUGACGAACAGGAUGAGACUUUCCUGGGACUGCAACGUCCCAGUGAGAGAAAAGAUGGGUGGCUGGAGAUUGAGAUGGGAGAGUUCUUCAAUUCAGGCAUGGAAGAAGAUGAACUGCAUAUGAAAAUCAAGGAAACAACCAGCAAUAUGUGGAAACACGGUUUCAUUCUUGAAGGGAUUGAAGUUAGGCCUAAACAUGUUCGCUAGAGUCGCAGUUUCUGUUGUCCCUGUAUUGUUCUUUUCAUUUUACUUUAAGACAAAUAUGAACUUGCUGUUUUUAAAUGUGUGCUUUCAUCGGUUCGUUUAUGUAUCUUUGAGAGAUUUUAAAAUAAAUAAUCAUGUUUUUGGUCUGUCUGGUACUGAA